AUGACGGGAUCAGUGAAGGAAUUGAUCCGCAGCAUACGCGGAUCUAAAACAGCCUCAGAAGAACGAGCAGUUCUGGCCAAAGAAUGCGCCAAGAUCCGAAGUAGCCUAAACACAGAUAAUAUAAAUUAUAGACGAAAGAACAUUUCGAAGCUUUUGUUUAUCAAUUUAUUGGGACAUCCGACGAAUUUCGGACAAAUGGAAUGCAUAAAACUUAUAGCAAGCUCUAAAUUUUCAGACAAAAGAAUUGGAUACCUGGCACUGAAUUUGCUUUUGACAGAGGAUUCGGAAGUGCUAAUGCUGGCAACCAACUCGAUCAAGAUAGACCUGAAUAACCCAAACCCGUAUGUGUGUGAAAUGGCCCUGCGCUCACUGGCCAACAUCGGGACGCAUGAAAUGCUGAGAGAACUGCAGUACGAAAUUGAUACACUGAUCAAUUCCAACGUGCCGAAUAUCAAGAAAAAAGCAACAAUCUGUACAGUCAGAAUGCUGAGGAAAGCAGCACAACGAAAUUUAACCCCGGAUAGCAUAAGUAUAGACCUGGCAUACUCGUUCAUGAAGUACCUAGAACCGUUAAUUUCAGACUUUGAUAACGGAGUCAAGACAGCAGCACUCUCACUAAUGUCUGUACUUCUGGACCAUUACACGAAGAUCUGUGAUUUAGAUAGAUUCUUUACACUGUUAUUGGACUUAAUGAACGAAGUGUUGAACCCGACAAACACAAAUUUCUCAGUAACAAUCCCAGCGAAUACAGAAACCUUCACAAGCCAACAGCUGAUGUCAGACCAGUACUCAACAGACCCAUUUCUCAAAGUCAAGAUACUGUCACUGAUCAAACAAGUGUAUUUAAAACUAUUAUAUAAUACAAAUCAUCCGAAUGGUGAUGACUACGAUGUCAAAUUAAUGGAUUAUAAAGAAAGAUUAUAUGAAAUAAUUUCUAAAAUCAUAAAGUCGAUUGAACUUAGAUCUAACAUGAAUGACGUUAUUCUGUACGAGUGCGUGACCACAAUCGAGUGUGAAUUCGCAGACGAACGCUUUAACGAACUGGGAAAACAAGUGGUGGAAAAGUUCAUGGUGGGAUUCAAUAAUAACGUCAAGUACAUAUCACUGGGAAUUAUAAAGAAAUUACAUAACGUGCACAUGAAGUACGGAGAUAGCAACUGGACAAUAAUAGUACAGUCAUUUAAACAAAGAGAUAUAUCAAUUCGAAAAAAGGCAUUAGAUGUGUCAUUGAAGGUAGUAAAUAAAGAAACAUUGGCACCAAUUGUACAGUAUUUGUAUGAAUUUCUAUUAUCAGCAGAUGAUGACCUGAAAAGAGAAAGUAUGCACAGGAUAUUCAACUGUGUGAACCUGCACUCAGAUGAUCUAGCAUAUAAGCUCCAAGUGUUCGUAAAGAUUUUUUCCAUCGCAGGAAACUGUGUCCAAGAUGCAAUUCUGUUCGACUUUAUAGACCUGUUGUCGAGUAGCACGGAGGAAACUAAGGGUAAAACGACAUUAGAACUAGUCAAAACGCUAAGAUAUAACAUGGGACAAUCAGCACUAGUCAAAGCGGCAUUGUACUCAAUUGGUGAAUACUAUCAACUUAUAAGUGAUGAGCUGAGUAAUUUAGUUACGAUUAACACAAAACUAGAUCAAAACAUCUUCUCACCCAAAAAGAUGGAUAAUUCAGUUGGAAGUGAGUUCAACAAAAAGGAUGAAAACAAUUUGUUGGACCUGUCAACGCCUAAAAAUGUUAAUGGAUUCCAUUCAUUCGAUAAGUCGAAUGAAGACGAUUUUCUGCUUGACCUAUCUUCACCAACCAAUGAACCAAAUGAUCCAAAUGCAGCUGAAGCAAAUGGUGUAAACACAAUUGAAGAUGAGUUAUUUUCUCUGUACGGCACUAAUAAAUUGGAAAGUAGUGGAAAUGAUUAUAGUUUGCAGAAUAAUGAUUUAGAGGAAACAAGUGAACCAGAGAAAAAUAAAGAUGUGGAUGGAGCUGAAAUGAUCGUGGAAAUGUUGGAGAAUAUAAGUAUAGGACUUAUAGCGAAGAAUUUGCUGAGCGAAUGCGAAUAUUUAGUAACGUGUAUAGGAAAGUUAGUGUCAAAGAUGCCCGACAAAGUGGACCAGCUGAGGAAGAUCUUGAGAAGGUUCAAGAGACAUAGUAGCCCAGAAUUGCAGCAAAGAUCAUGUGAACUGGAGAUAAUAAUUCAGGAAAACAUCAUGUCGUUGGUAAGUCCAGUUUCAAAGAGGUUGCCCGAUUUGUAUACUGAGUCAGUUGAUGAGUAUUUGAGUCUCGGGCAAGAAAAAUUGCCUGAGAAGAUUCGCGAGGAAGAACCAAAAGAUGAAAAGGUUGGUAUAUUUGAUGAGUUGUUUGAUUCAAGAGUAAAAGUAGAGAGAGGUGUAGUGAAGGGGAAAAAAGAAGAAAACAAAGAUGAUAGAUUAGUAAACAGUAUAGUGGAGAACAUAACAAUAGUAAGUUCCAGAGAAAAACGAGAAGAUGAAUUUCAGCAAUUUGACCCUUUUUAA